AUGACAAUUGCUCCCACAACCUUCACUCCCCUUCCGCGUAUCGCCAAAUCAGAAGAGCCCUCGCAUAGCAACACGCUCCUCGAUGCUUUUUUGCUUCUACAGUCUGAGCUCGAGUCGUACAAGUCUGGAAUUCCGGUCAAGGUCGAUGGACAAACCCUUUCCAUCCCUGCCAUCGUCGCAGCCGCUCGAUAUGGUGCAUCCUCUCGCAAAGUCAUUCAGGCUAAACUUGAGGCUGGCCACAGCGUUUAUGGAUUGAGCACUGGCUUCGGAGGCAGCGCUGAUACUCGUACCAAUGAUCCCCUUGCUUUGGGUAAAUCUCUCCUCCAGCAUCAACACUCUGGUGUGCUUCCGAUUCCAGAGGAACCGAUGAAUGUCCUGCCACUCACCGACCCCAUCGCUGGCUUCUCCAUGCCCGAGUCAUGGGUUCGCGCUGCAAUCCUCAUUCGAAUGAACAGCCUUAUCCGUGGUCACUCUGGUGUUCGUUGGGAGUUCAUCGAGGCCCUCGGUGCACUUCUCCGAGAGAAUAUCAUACCCGUCGUUCCACUUCGCGGAAGCAUUUCCUCUUCUGGAGAUUUAUCUCCGCUGUCAUACGUCGCUGGCACUUUGAUUGGGAACCAAGGAAUUCGUGUUUUUGAUGGCCCCUCUUGCACGAUGGGCCCGCGUAAGAUCGUCCCAGCCACGGAGGCGUACAAAGAUCAUGGUCUUGAACACAUUCAAUUCGAGGGGAAAGAACACUUGGGGUUACUCAAUGGAACAGCGUUCUCGGCGGCUGUGGCCAGCUUGGUACUUUCUGAUGCUGCAAACGUUGCCGUUCUGGCCCAAGUGUGCACUGCAAUGGGUACAGAGGCCUUGUUAGGCAGUCAGGGUACGUCGCUCACAUGCUCCUUUCAUCCACGACGUCGCACGGCCCACCCUGGUCAAGUGGAGCUUUCCUUUGAGGAAGACGUUGGCAAGCUCCGCCAAGAUCGAUAUCCACUCCGCACUGCCCCCCAAUUCCUUGGGCCUCAGAUCGAGGACAUUCUUUCUGCCAUCACUACUCUAACCCAAGAGAGUAACUCGACCACCGAUAAUCCGCUUGUCGAUAGCGAAACAGGUCACGUCCACCACGGUGGUAACUUCCAGGCUAUGUCUGUUACUAACCCUAUGGAGCAUGUUCGAGUCGCUCUUCACCACAUUGGGAAAUUGCUUUUCGCCCAAUUGACAGAACUCAUCAACCCUUCGAUGAAUCGCGGCUUGCCGCCCAAUCUGAGUGCGACGGACCCAAGCAUCAACUACUUUGGAAAGGGUCUUGACAUUGCUGGUGCUGCAUACGUGUCUGAAUUGGGUUAUUUGGCGAAUCCCGUCUCAACACACAUCCAGAGUGCGGAGAUGCAUAACCAGGCUGUGAACUCCCUCGCUCUCAUUUCAGCACGUCAGACUGUCCAGUCCUUGGAAAUAGUGUCCAUGCUCAUUGCCUCCUACCUCUAUGCCAUCUGCCAAGCUGUGGAUCUCCGUGCUUUACAGCAUGAAUUCUCAGUGUCCCUUGCUCGCAUCCUCACCGAAGAGAUUUCUAUCCAUCUUACGCCUUAUGCCAAGCUCCGAAUGGAAACCGUCGCCGCCGCUACCACUGUGCCGCUCAUGACCUUCCUCUCACAAGACGCUAGCCUGCUCAGAGAAGGAGUGAACGCAGUCGAGUUGAUUCUUGCCUCGCAAGGCUUCCGUAUGUCAUUCGCCGCUCGCAGUGUUGAGCUACUGCAAAGUCUCAGAGGCGAGUACCUCUCUGGGGCUCGUGGCCCUGUGCCCGCUGCGCCGUUCCUCGGCCGUACACGCCCUUUAUACGUUUACAUUCGUGAAAAGCUUGGCGUGCCAAUGCAUGGAUGGGAAAACUACAAUUCGUUCGCGGAUGGUUUCGGGGACGUCACGGUUGGUGGAAACGCCACGAAGAUUUAUGAGGCGAUCAGGGAUGGCGAAUUACAGAAGGUGAUUGUGGAUAUCUUCCGUGAUAUAUAA